UGUAUAUUUUAAUUUAUUAUAAUAAUUAUGUGAAAAAGGUUAAUAUAGUUUUAUUUAUUUUAAAAUAUUUAUUUUGACAUUAAACACACGAUGCAAGACAUCGCAAAUUCUAGUGAUCAAGUCAUUGAAUUUUUUGAUGGUAUGGGUAAAUUUUUUUGGGAAAGUGGUGAAUUAUUAUUGGAUAUAUUUCUUGAAUUUUGUCGUCGUUCAAUUGAACUUGUUUUGGUUGUGUUAACCUUGAUACUUGGUAUAUUAUGUUUUUUUCGUGAUUCUUGUGUACAUGCUAUUCGCACAUUUUGCAAUGCAAUAUGUGGAUUAAUAAAUAUUAUAAGUGGUAUUGAUUGUGAAGAUCUUGAAGAUUUUGCAUCAGCUGGUGUUGUAUUUAUUCUUUGGUUUUUUGCACUUAAAUUUUUACUACAUGCUAUUGAUCAAACAAGAGAACGUUAUAGUCCAAAAAAAUUUCUAGUCAAAUUACUACAAGCAACACUGCAAGAUAAUAAACUUGAAAGUCCAAAAUCAUGUACGGACUUUGAUGACAACACAUGGUUGUAUAAUCAAAAUCCUAUUAAAAAAAAAACAAGUGGAAAAAGAAAAAGACGUAAUUCAGCAAGACGAUAA